AUAUCUGGCACUAUCAAAUGUUUAUAACCAAAACAACGCGAAAUUCGAAAUUUACUUUUCAGUUUUUGCUGCUCGCAUUAUCCAAAGUUUGUAAACCUAUUUAAUGGUUGUAUUCUAUUGUUGUUCCGAAAAAGUUUACAAGUGAAAAAAUUGCAUUUAAUGGAGGAAGUACAACGCCAUUCUGUGCACACUUUGGUGUUUCGCUCUUUAAAACGAACCCAUGAUUUCUUCGUCGCUAACCAAGCUUUGAUGCCGGAGAUCGAUGAAAAAUUGGAGAAAAUGAAGUUUUCAAUCAAAGCGCGCGAUUCGUAUGGAUUAGUCUUUGAUCGAGCAGCUAAAUCUAAAAAUACCAUCGUCAAACGAGUUGAAAGUGGAAAACUAGAGUUGUCCAAUCCGACGCAAGAUAAUGUGUUAGCAAUAACCGCCGAUGGUGAAAACGAUCACAUCUCCAGUCAAACAUCGCUAAUGCCUAUCGCAAAUCCCACUUCCCAGAAUACUAGCUCUAACGCUAUUCAAAUUCUUCCGAAGAAAGCUCCAACGAUACCCAAGCCUAAAUGGCAUGCGCCUUGGAAAUUGUAUCGAGUAAUUUCUGGUCAUUUGGGAUGGGUACGAUGUGUGGCUGUGGAACCGGGCAAUGAAUGGUUUGCAACCGGCGCUGCCGACAGAGUUAUUAAAGUUUGGGAUUUGGCUAGUGGGAAGUUAAAACUCUCACUAACCGGUCACGUUAGUACGGUCAGAGGAUUAUGCGUUAGUCCCCGACACCCGUAUCUAUUUAGCUGUGGUGAAGAUAGACAAGUGAAAUGUUGGGAUUUGGAAUACAAUAAGGUUAUCCGCCAUUACCAUGGUCAUCUAUCUGCGGUGUACACUAUGGCAUUGCACCCGACAAUUGAUGUUUUGGUAACCGCUGGUAGAGAUUCGACAGCUCGUGUUUGGGAUAUGAGAACAAAAGUUAAUGUCCAUACAUUAACAGGACACACUAAUACAGUAGCUAGUGUAGUUUGCCAAGCGGCAAAUCCACAGAUAAUAACCGGAAGUCACGAUUCAACCGUACGUUUGUGGGAUUUAGCUGCGGGCAAAAGCAUGUGCACCUUAACUAAUCACAAAAAGAGUGUUCGAAGCAUAGUCCUACAUCCUUCACUCUACAUGUUUGCCUCUGCUUCGCCAGACAACAUCAAACAAUGGCGCUGUCCGGAAGGCAACUUCAUCCAAAAUCUGAAUGGUCACAAUGCCAUCGUAAACUGCAUGGCCGUUAAUCCUGAAGGUGUACUGGUGUCUGGUGGUGACAACGGAACAAUGUUCUUCUGGGAUUGGCGAACCGGAUAUAAUUUCCAACGAUUCCAAGCUGCCGUCCAACCAGGUUCAAUGGACAGCGAGGCCGGUAUAUUCUCAAUGACGUUCGACAUGUCCGGCUCACGGUUGAUUACUACCGAGGCUGACAAAACAAUAAAAAUCUACAAGGAGGAUGACGAGGCAUCAGAAGAAUCUCAUCCGGUGAACUGGCGACCAGAAAUCAUCAAGCGAAGAAAAUUCUAAGUGAGAGCCUUGUGAAAAUCUUUUCCCUGUCAUUUUGAUAAUAAAGACCACAAUUUGAAUCUACA